GAACCUGGCGGGUUCAGUGGUGCUCGACACGUGACGGUUGACAGGUCGUUAGUCCGGUUAAGAUGUAAUGUAGUAAUUAUUGUUUUUGUAUCACAUCAGAGUGAGAAUUCAUCAUCACGGCUAAUUGAGUCAUGGUGAACCUCAAGGUCGAUCACCUUUGGGGAAGUGCUGGUGUUUUGAUCAAUAGCUCCAAUUCCUCCAGACCCAUCGAUGUUGGAGCCCGCUGAAUCAAUGGUUUAAUGACUAAGUUUCUCUAUUUGGGAGACAAUCCCUGAUUGAUACGAAUCGUCCAUCAUCAGUUGUUCGCCAAGUAGUCAAUCCUUCCGGUGACCAAUUAAUCAAUACCUAGCUCAACAGGUUGAGAACAGCUUCAUCAGCGGCAUCUGUGUCUUGGACGAGACAAAAUUCAAACAUCGAUGCUUUUGUGAUGUCUCUUCCAGAGAUUAUCUCUGGUCUCUUCCUUUGACAGGGAGGUGUUACUUGUAUAAUUAAAUUCAAUUAUUUCCUUGAUUGGAUUGGAUUUCCUUGAUGGUCAUCUCGCAUAUCGAGAAAUGGUAAUGGAACGGAUGUGAUGACAUUUUUUGUUGAUCAACCUCGAUUUUUCGCGCAAAUUGCACAAUCUCUUUGUACGCACACGUGCGCAAGGGUGUGACGUACGUCAUCAACUUAGGGGUAGCCGGGGUGUGGCGAACGCACUCUGGAGGGGAUUCUCAUGCUGAGUGAUGUGGCAGAAGAUUUGAACAGUGCAGUUGCGAAUCGUUAUCACCCGUUAAAAAUUGCAUGUGAUAGUGGAGACAUUUUAGCGCAACAAGCGACAGCUGCUUUGACACUUGAGCUGGUCAGCCAGAGAGACGCUUCCUCAUUAGCUUCAAUUAUCUGAUUUGGCAAUUGCAAUUAGGAAGUCGGAGGGAUCAUUGACGAGUUGUUCCAGCAUCAAUCAUUUAUUUCUAACGAUUUUAAUUGACUCGUUGAGCUUCUGUGGGGAUGUAGCUGGAGGAAAACGUGCGUUUGUUUAUUUAUCGUCGAUGGAAUCGAUGAUUAAUUGAAAAAUCAUAGCCACUGUGCAUUGUUUCGCAAUAUGAGCGGCUUUGUGACGUCGACCUUGGAGCUAUCGAACGCGUGGGAAUUCGCUGCCGCUUAAAAGUCUAUCCGGAUUAAUUUAUCAGUGAAUUGGAGAGCUCCCGUUUUUUUAUUGGUGAUAAGCGAUUUUUCGGCAGGUGCUUUAUCGCAGUGAAAAUGGAACUAUUGUUUUCUUUUGAAUUAUGAAUUAUGUUUGCUCAGAUAGUGUGUUUUUUAAUCUGUGAUUAAUUGAUUUGGACCUGAAAAAUUAUUACAGUAUUUUUCUACUUGUGAGGUUUAUGGUUUGAAAUUUUCUUAUUAAUUUUCAAUUUAUUGAGAUACCGCGAUUACCUGGAUCAUUAGUAAAAUGGAAAAACUGAUAAUAUGACGAUUUUAUCGUGAACUUCAGUCGCACUGAAGCCCAGUAAAUGUCUUCGAAUCGAUAAACUUGAGGAGACUCUUGAGGAAAAUUGUGGAAAAAUUAUUGAGGAAAACAGAAGAGGCGUUUCUUAUCGGCGGGUUAUCUCGGUCGGUGUAAUGCAUGUGGUGGAUUUAUUUGAAUGAACCAAGUGAACAGUUAAUGCUGACUGAUCAAGAACAGACGGUCUAAUGUAGUUAUGUGGAAUUGCGACUGCUGUUGAAUAAUUUAUUGACAAUAUGGAUUUGAUCAGAAACAGGAUCAUAACGAGAUUCGAUGAACUACGGUCUCGUUGCAGAAUUUAUUUAUAUGGACAAAACAUUGGAAGUAGAGCGGAAAAUGGGGGUUCCCAAGGUGGCGACAGACGUCCACCCGAUCAAGACAGCCAAGAAGAAAGAGUUGUAUUCAUUAAUGCUCCCCAUCAGCCAGCCAAAUACAAAAACAAUCACAUCACAACCGCUAAAUACUCAUUACUCUCAUUCAUUCCUUCAUUCCUAUUCGAGCAGUUUCGUCGAUACAGUAACUGCUUCUUCCUCUUCAUUGCACUGAUGCAGCAAAUCCCAGAUGUCUCACCCACUGGCCGUUAUACGACUCUCGUUCCACUUAUCUUCAUUCUCAGUGUGUCUGCGCUUAAAGAAAUCGUCGAAGAUAUUAAAAGGCACCGAGCCGAUGAUGAGAUAAAUAUGCGUGAGGUAGAAGUCCUGAGGGACGGUAAAUGGCAAUGGAUCCAGUGGAGAUCCGUGGCAGUGGGUGACGUUGUCAAAGUGCACAACAACAAUUUCUUCCCUGCAGAUUUGAUUCUUCUGUCGUCAUCCGAGCCUCAGGGGAUGUCCUUCAUAGAAACGGCCAACCUCGAUGGCGAAACCAAUCUCAAAAUUCGUCAGGCCCACCAAGAGACAGCAAUGUUACUGGACACUGUGGAACUGAUGAACUUCAAGGCGAACAUCCAGUGUGAGCCACCGAAUCGUCAUCUCUACGAAUUCAUGGGAGUCCUUCGUGAAACGAACAAACAGCACGUGGCACUGGGACCAGAUCAACUCCUACUACGCGGUGCAAUCCUCAGGAACACACGAUGGGCCUUUGGAGUCGUCGUCUACACGGGCCACGAUACGAAGCUCAUGCAGAAUAACACAACAACAGCUCCAUUGAAACGAUCAACCCUCGAUCGUUUGACGAACACCCAAGUGCUGAUGCUAUUCUUCAUUCUCCUACUGCUGUGCCUUGUCUCUGCUAUUUUUAACGUAUUCUGGACAAAUGCCAAUCAGGAAGGCCUCUGGUAUUUGGGCCUGGAGAACAUGAAGGGAAUGAGCAAGAACUUUGCCUUCAAUCUCCUCACGUUCAUUAUUCUCUUCAACAACUUGAUACCAAUUUCCCUCCAAGUGACUCUCGAAGUCGUUAGGUUCAUUCAAGCGACCUUCAUAAACAUGGACAUCGAGAUGUACCACGCCGAGACGGAUACUCCAGCAAUGGCUAGAACCAGCAAUUUGAACGAGGAGCUGGGAAUGGUGAACUACGUAUUCACCGAUAAGACAGGGACACUAACCAGGAAUGUUAUGGAGUUCAAAAGGUGUUCAGUGGCAGGACGAAUUUAUGAUUUACCAAAUCCUGGAGAGCCUCGGGGCUCCGGCGAGCCUGACAGUGACCUAAUACGAGAUAUUGUCGAUGGGAGAGGAGACACGAGUCAUCCUAGGUCGAAUGAUAAGAAGAAGUCCGUUCAUGCUGAUAUCCUUCACGAGUUCAUGGUGAUGCUGUCGGUUUGUCACACGGUGAUUCCCGAACGGGUGAAUGGACACAUAAUUUAUCACGCAGCAUCACCAGAUGAAAGGGCUCUUGUGGACGGUGCCAGAGUAUUCGGUUACAUUUUCGAUACGAGAACUCCAAGUUAUGUGGAGAUCGAAGCACUAGGGGAAAGACAUCGUUAUGAAAUUCUCAAUGUCAUUGAGUUUACGUCUGCAAGGAAGAGAAUGUCGGUGAUAGUGAGAACACCCGAGGGUAAGAUCAAGAUAUUCUGCAAAGGGGCGGAUUCUGUUAUUUAUGAGAGAUUAGCCUCGAGGGCUGGCGACUCUGGGGGUUUCGACGGAGAUGAUGACUUCAGGCAAUCAACACUCGAUCAUCUCGAGACUUUUGCCACAAAGGGCUUAAGAACCUUGUGUUUUGCCUCAGCAGAUCUUCCUGAGAAUAGAUAUAACUGGUGGAAAGAUAUUUAUCAUAAUGCUACAGUGACCCUGACAGAUAGAGAUGCGAAAUUGGAAGAGGCUGCUUCGUUGAUUGAGGUGAAGUUGAAUCUUCUUGGAGCCACGGCUAUUGAGGAUCAUCUUCAGGAUCAGGUACCUGAAACUCUUCAAGCUCUCAUCGAGGCGGACAUCAAUGUCUGGGUUUUGACAGGUGAUAAGCAGGAGACAGCCAUAAACAUUGGUUACUCCUGUAAAUUGAUAACUCAGUCCAUGCCACUGAUAAUUGUCAACGAAAGUUCCCUGGACAAGACGAGAGACGUUAUCGUCCAGCACUGUGCGGACUUUGGGCCUGAUCUCAGGUGUCAGAAUGACGUUGGAUUGAUUAUCGAUGGAAAUAGUUUGAAGUACGCACUGUCCUGUGACUUGAGGCGGGACUUCCUCGAUCUCUGCACGUCGUGCAAGGUCGUGAUAUGCUGCAGAGUCUCGCCGAUGCAAAAAGCAGAAGUUGUAGAUCUUGUGACAAGCAAUACCAAAGCUGUUACAUUGGCUAUUGGCGAUGGAGCAAAUGACGUUGCAAUGAUUCAAAAGGCACACAUUGGGGUGGGAAUAUCCGGGGUCGAAGGACUCCAAGCUGCGUGCGCUUCUGAUUACUCUAUUGCCCAGUUCAGAUUCCUCAAGAGAUUGCUGUUUGUUCAUGGCUCAUGGAACUACAGCCGAAUGUGUAAACUCAUUUUGUAUUCUUUCUACAAGAAUAUCUGUCUUUACGUUAUUGAACUGUGGUUCGCCAUAUACUCCGGCUGGUCCGGUCAGAUUCUUUUCGAAAGGUGGAGCAUUGGACUUUACAAUGUCGUAUUUACAGCUGCACCACCUCUUGCUAUGGGACUAUUCGAUAAGGUGUGCUCGGCGGAAACGCAUCUUGCACACCCGAGAUUAUACGCUGCCAAGAACACAAACGAAUCUACAUUUAAUAUUAAGGUGUUUUGGGUGUGGAUUGUAAAUGCAUUAGUUCAUUCGUCUCUGUUGUACUGGUUAUCAUUAUUGGCACUGAAACAUGAUGUGGUGUGGUCGAAUGGACGAGACGGAGGUUAUAUAGUACUAGGAAAUUUUGUAUAUACCUAUGUGGUAGUUACUGUUUGUGGAAAAGCUGGCCUCAUAACCAAUUCAUGGACGUGGGUCACCCAUCUAGCCACGUGGGGAUCGAUAAUACUUUGGUUCUUGUUUAUAUUGAUAUACAGUAAUUUUUGGCCAGCAUUGAAUGUCGGGGCUGUGAUGCUUGGCAAUGACAGAAUGCUCUUUUCAUCUCCUGUGUUCUGGUUGGGACUGGUUCUCAUCCCUUCAGCUGUUUUACUUGUCGACGUCACGGCAAAAGCUGUGAAGAAUACUAUGUUUAAAUCACUAACGGAGGCAGCAAGGGAACAAGAAAUUCGAAAAUCCGACCCGGGUCACUUAUUCACAGACCAAGAUUACCGAAGCUCAUUGACGGAGACCGCCAGGCUACUGAGAAACGUUAAAAGUGUUUUCAUGAGAAGAUCUAACGCUACGACGAGAGUUAAUGUCGAGGUCGAGCUGUCACAUGGAUUUGCAUUCUCACAAGAGGAGGGCGGCUCAGUGACGCAGACAGAUGUGAUAAGGGCAUACGACACGAAUCUUCCGAAACCUGGUGGCAUGUGAAUCUAUCACCAAACGACAAUUUCACGCUAUACGUAAUAAAUAAAGAGUUGAGUCUAAAUUUUGAUACAGUGGAACUCGCAUCUCAGGUCAUUGCUAAAAUUGCAAUAAACUCGCUGGCAUAAUAAUUAAACGAAUCAAUCGACCUGACGUUUUGGAAAUUCAAACGAGAGACAGAAUAAUCAGAAGAUUUUUCAAUCAUUGACAUUUCAAAAUUUCCUCAAUAAAAUGGACGACAAAAAUAAAAUGGUCAAUUUCAAAUAAGUCAUUGAAGAUGAGAGGAAGUUGAAUGAAGCCUUCGAAUUUAACUUACAGUAGAUUCUGCAGUAAUAAAACGUGAAAUUAAACGAAGUCAUUGAUAGACGAUUUGAUUUAUGCCUAAUGAAGGAAUUCCAUUCGAUUUUUUGUGUCGCUUGUGGCAAAAAUAAACGAAAAAGUCUCCAUUAGUGUUCUCACAACCUGAAAACGACAGUAUUCAUGCAAUGGCCAGUAAUGAGUUCUCUAAUUAACUGGAAAUUAAAUAAUUAAUAACCGAAAGUGAUCGGAUUUUCAUUGUCAAUGACAGUUCCCCUAAUUUUAGAAAAACCGAUUGAAAUGAAGAUGAAAGGCAAAGUGACAAUUCAAAUUAUUUUUCUAGCCCAAAAAGUGAAUUGUAAUGGAAGUCAUAGAAUUCGCUAAAUCAUUUUUUUAAUUCUAAAGUUUCCCCUUCUCAAUUUAAGAAUCGCGCUGUCAUCACAUCAAGAAAACGGCAUAAUAAACGAUGAAAAAUAAAAAGUUAGUUCAAUGUAUCAGAUUAACAGAGAAAACUUAAUAAUCGCGUGAUUUUUAAAAGAUGCAAAGUAACUGAGUAAAUCCCGAGAAUGGAUUAAAUUCAAAUUAACCUGGAAAAACUCGUAUUUUAUAUAUUUUGAGAUAAAUGUACGAGGAAUUGUCCUGAUAACAAAUGCAUCCCAUCGUAACCCAAAGAAACCGAAAAAAAGUAACAAUUAUACAAGAAGAAUAAGAGACUGUUUCAUUGCUACGUCUUAAUCGUUCAAUUUUCAAUUAAUGUGUGUAAAGUGUACAUAAUUUAUUUUUUUUUUCAUCUAGUCGAACGCUGUUACCUACUUUCAUUCGAAUGAUCCUGUGAAACAUUUUUCCUCUCCAGAAAUCAUUGUUUGACUAUAUUUUUAUUAAAGAUAAUUGUCAUAUGGAUUUAUUGAGAGAUUAGUCGGUGUAUAAAUCAUGUUCUAAACAGGAAAAAGAGUAUAAAAAGAAAUAAAUAAAUGUGUACAAGA